GCUUGGUUUUGGUGAACUUGGCUAUCUGGGUGUCAGUUCGCAUUAUAGUUGUUUGCAUGAGAACAAAGUGAUUGAGGGCUUUUUUAGAUCAAUUUUGUGGUGUUCUCUUGAAAUCAGGCUAUAGAACAUACUAGGGUGGAUGUUUUAGUGGCGAAGAAGUUACUGAUCUAGUAUGGUAGUAUUGGAAGUUUUUGAGUUUGCGAAUUGAUCUAAAGGGCUGUAGUUUUGGAUUGGAACCGUAAUUUACCUUUACUGAACACGGGUGAUUUGCGAAGUAACACUUCACAACUGAGAUUUUGAGCCGUCUCUUAGCACAACAUGAGGUCAUAUCAUAAUGAUAGAGACCAGUCCCUUUUUAGCUACUCACUCUUGGCUAACUUAGCGUGGUAUAGCUGGAUUGUUUAGUUACAUCUACAAGGUAAAUUUUAAGUGUUGCAUGAUAGGAGUUCUGAAUCUAGGUAGAGUGUCUGAGAACCACAUCGAUAUCUGUUAAUGGAGGACAUCAGUCAACCAGGAUUUCUAGCUGAACACGUGGAAGUUUGAUUGUGGAGCAUCCCUGGAUGGUUAAGCCGUUUUCUUUUGUUGCUGGGAGAUUAUUGAAAGCUAAUAAAUGGGAGACUUACCGUAUAAGCUCUCAACCAUUAUAAACAAGCUGCAAAGUUGCCUACUGGUUGAGCUUGGUUUAUGUGAAUAUGAAGGUUUGAACUGAAAAUCUAAAGGUUAGACUCUGAAUAUUUGGAGCUGACCAAAUGGCAAGAUUUAUAGUAAAAACUGCGAAAUGCAAGAUUCAGUGUGAUAGAUGAAUGGAGUAGAGAAUGAUGCAAAUAUAAGCUUUAGGGUCAAGGAACUUCAGCACAGCUAAUGGGCUUGAUGGGUGCAGAACUGUUGGUUGCAGGUGCACUUGGUAUAGUUUCUAGAUUGCAAUCUUGGAGGAAUAGUUUCUGCUUGGUUAGAGAUGCCAUAGGUUACUGCUACACUUCACAAAACCUUAAAAAGUACAGUGUACCCAUUGCUUGCACGGAUGUUCUCUUUAAUUCUCUACAUGAUCAACCAUCCUCAGCCUAGGUUCUCUGCUGGUUGGGCCUACACCUGUCACUUAUAAGCGCUUAACAUUAGCUGAAUUUUCUUGCUGUAGUCAAUGAACUGUUGACUAGCUAAUGCUACCCCAGUUCUCUCCCAGCCAUUCUCAUUUUCUGCUGGCAAACUACUGGUCUACUGCUUAGAGAAGAGCAUUGGUUAAUAGAAUCAACUACAGCCUCUAGCUGAACUGUACAGAAACUAAUACAGUACUAGGGGCAUGCUACCAUGCCCAUUGGCUGUAGUACUAAGAGUAGUCUGGCUGUUUAUUUCAUGUUGAUGCCACCCAUAAGAGAAUAGAGAAAAGGAAAACUCGUUUUCAGUACAUGUAAAGCAAGGGGAUUUUGAUUAUUUCUGGAUGCAAAAUAUGGUCUUGUGUCUGUUUUCUGUUUGAUGAUGAAAUAGUUUAGCUACUUGAGCAUACAUUGUCCUGCAUUGGGCAAGUCAAAGUUCUCGUGUCUACUACCUAAAUGCAGCAAAAUUUUCAUUCUGUUUCUGCUUUCUUGACUUGUUUGCUUGCAUUGACAUUCUAUUCCGGAACAGGUAUAACCCAGAUGUCCCCACAUUCUCUGACGUUGGUGAGUGGAUUCGUUGCUGUCGUAUCAGUUAACAUCGUCAUCGCAUUCUACAUUUUUAUGGCGCUGAAGGAACCUGUGGAUAAACACGAGCCCGAUGCUGCAUUCGUCGCUCAGGCCAAAGACAGCGUAAAGAAACUCACUGGUAAUAAACCCGUUGAUUCUCCAGAGUCCUCGAAGAAAGAAGAGUAGAAGGAUAGGAAAACGAAAUAUGAACUUGUAGAGAGAAGAGAACACGGUCUUGGUGUCUGGUCAGCAGGCUGUAGUAUCACACUAGUAAGGAACAUCAGUUCUUAAAUCUCAACUUUGUGAGAAGUUGUCCUGGCAUCCUUGCUGUUUCAUGUUUUUUAGGCUGCCUGUUACAAUGCCGUUGGUUUUGAGUUGAGGCCAAGUUGACUUUUCCCUAAACACCGUACCACCCAUUUUGGUUUUGAAGGACCAAGUAUGUAUAAGUAUUUAAACGAUGUUUGGUUGCUUGCUUGCUUGUAAGCUUGUGUUAAGUAUAUGCCAUUUGGGCUAAUUAUUAUAUGCUUAAAGUUGCACCAAAAUAAUCUUUAGAAGUAAAG